ACAAUCAGUCCUUUGAAUUACCGCUCUGACUCUACCAUAGGCGGAGAGUAUAGCUGUAGAACAGUCACUCGAAGCUACGCUCUUGGGAGCUCCCCCUCCUGUCAUCUACACAUCCCUCGCUGACGAGGGAAGUCCGCAUUCACCUGUCGAGAGUCUCGUAACAGUACCCACUGCUUCAAUACCACCUAGGGCUAGGAGUGCAUCUCCAGCCUUGGGACCUUCAAUGACACCUCCGGUGCCUUUCAGGCCAUCGUCCUCUGCGGAGGUUUCUGGGCCGCUUUCUCAUAGCUUCCUUCCCUGGGCGAUGCCCCGCACACCGUCCCCUCGUCUCCCGUCUAUCUCACCAGCCUCCCUGACGUCUACCGUUCAGCAAUCAAAUACGUCCAGGUUCAGCACCGUGCUGAAUUCCCGCAGCCGAGAGACUAUGGUUAUUGAGAUCUCGGACGAGGACGAAGAUGAUGAAGCAGAGGAGAACGUAUUGUCACGUCCGCCCAAUACCGACAACGAUAACGACGAUGAUAGCGACACUCGCUCGCCAUCUAUACCCAUUGUCUCUGACUCACAAGAGGGCAACGGGUUGUUACCUGUGUCUUCGGGAGCUGCUGAAGUACCAGCAAGCAGUAUGGGAGACCAGACGGCUCCUUCCGGCCGGCCGCAAUGUGAACACGAUACAGACCCCCCAUUUGUCACUGAUGGCAGAGGCAGAGUGGUAUGGAGCAGGACAGUACGUGGUCCGUCUCACACUCAGACUCAAGCGGAGGCCCGUGAGCGACACCGCUCAAAUUCUGCCAUCAAAGCUCGACGUCAGACAUCUGAGAGUGGAGCAGCUGCGACAGAUGGGCGAGGUCGUGUUGUUGGGACAGGACAGGAGGGAUCCGAGGUCAAUCGUAGGACCAGUGGCACGGAGACCGAGACCGAGGCAGAAUAAUAACACAUGACAAUGCCAAGUGUGGUGUAUCAUAUACUUACUUGUGUGUAUCUAUAAACUUGUAGUUGUGCAGCAUUUCCAACAAACGCAUG